AUGUUGCCCUGGCGGCCCGCGGAAAUUCGCGUCAGGCGCGGCCAGCCGGUCCUCGCGAAGCGAGUGUGGCUGCUCCUGGCUUGUUUUGCCAAGCUGGGCGUCGCCCAGACGGAAGAUCCCCGUGAAGCUCUGGCUGCCGAUGACGCCUGCGCCGCAGGCUCUUGUAGCUUGGGCUUGCUUCAGGUGGAGGCCAGCCAGGAGGUUGAAGGUGGCUCUUACUGGCAAGGUGUGCGCGAAACCGGCACCACCUGCAUGUUCAGCAACUGCCCUGGCAGACUGAGCCCUGUAGACUGCCAUCAUUGGAGAUGUGUUUGCAAGGAGGGCAACCGAUACAAUCCAGCUGACGGUGGCGCCUGCGUGCCAAACGAUUCUGCUUCGGCCAGAAGGAUGACUGGAAGCACGUGUUAUCUGUCGGGAUGUCCGCUCGAGCUCGGAAAAACACAGUGCGUUGGACACGAAUGCGUUUGCUUUGCGGGAUUCGAGUUCCAGAAAGGUGCCUGCGUCAGGGUGCACGAUGGGAGCGCGCGAAAGGCCGUCGGUCGAAACGGAUGCGAGCACCACCCCAAUUGCGCAGCGUUGGGCCUGCACGGCGCCUGCUGCCCCAAUCCCAUCGGGCAUGUCCUCCAGUGCUGCUCGUGA